GUAGACACGUGAAGGUCGGUUGGUUGUUGUGGAGUUCAACUCGGCACGCGUGGUGGCGCUGGGAUGGAGUCCUCUUCGUCCUCCGCCGGCGGUUUGGGCUCCGUAGACCCGCAGUUGCAGCAUUUCAUCGAGGUGGAGACGCAGAAGCAGCGCUUCCAGCAGCUGGUGCAUCAGAUGACAGAACUUUGUUGGGAGAAGUGCAUGGACAAGCCUGGACCAAAGUUGGACAGCCGAGCUGAGGCCUGCUUUGUGAACUGUGUUGAGCGCUUCAUUGAUACAAGCCAAUUCAUCUUGAAUCGACUGGAACAGACCCAGAAAUCCAAACCAGUCUUCUCAGAAAGCCUUUCUGACUGAUCUCAGCAAUACCUCUUUGGAAAAUGAAGGUACUUCAAGACAUGAAGACCUAUUGAUUGGAUGGUUGAGGAAAAGGCUAUGAGGGUGUGGACUCCCACCUGUAUUACUCUUGGGACAUCCCAUCAAAAUCUACGAAUGAACAAAGACCAAUUUUGGGUGUGUUUGGCUGGGAUCAUAUGUAUUUUUGGUUGUGCUUUUUAAUGGAAACAUUGUAAGGACAGUUGACUGGUUAAUGGAAAAAUACUAGAUAGAUUUUUCAAAGUCCCGUUAUGUGCUUUGUAUCAUUUUGAUGGAACUGCUUUACUGGUUUGGUAGUGGGACCACAGGUAUAAUCCAUCAUGUGUAUGGAUUUGUUUCAGUUUUUAGUGGAGAUUAAGGUGUGUCUUUCAAAAAGGGAAGAAGAGCAAUUUGGUAACGAACUCUAGACCUCCUUUUCCAGAGUUUUAACUAUGAGUGCUGGAAAAAAAAUCUGUAAUGUUCAUAUACUAUACUUUACCCAUCUGGAUUAUCUCCCUUCUACUGUGAGUUAAUUAUCUCUAUGAAGUAUGAUACUCAGGUAGGACAGUCAGCCUGAGAAUCUGGAGGCCUUUAGUGAUAAAGUACCCUCAACAGUGAGCAUAAUUCGCAUUACUAAAUUGCUAUAAGGAAAAAGGUAGCUUAUACACCCUGUAUAUCUCAGGGUCUCAAACAAUUAAAGAUGUGCCUAACUAAGUUAAACAGAUUAGGCCAGUUAAAAACUGUCAUUUCAGAUAGAAGUGCAUGCCUAAUAUAUAGAUCCCAUACUGUAUUCUUUGAUCAUGAAAAAUAAAAGCUUCUUUGAGUUU